ACAGCAUCAGCACCUCGAAACCGAACAACGCGACCCUCCGCGGGAAGAGGAUGCUCUCCGGCCCGUGAGGCUGAGCGGCAACAACAAGAUCGAUAGCCUGACGGUAUAGUCGCUGUUUCCCCCCUGCACGUUUAUUCCGCCUCGCUGCCUCCAUUCAUAUUGCACCAUUCAUGCAUCCCCAAGAAUGGAAACACGCUGCGAGGAAAGGGAAAAAAAGAGAAACAUUAAAAUAACCCUCUGCGGCCCCGGUGGCUCGCUUUCGUAAGACAUCGUCCUCGCUCGUUUUUUGGUGAAGCUUCCUUUUCAUGGCGGGCUUAAAGUGAUGAAGACCCCCGAUUUUGGCUUGUGAGGGCGCCUCGCGAAUGUAGGGCUAGUACGGGAAAAGCCGAGCAAACAAAAGGCAUCCAGACCCCCUCCUCCUCUGACGCACCUGGCUGCCCUGUCGCCACUUGACAUGACAGCGCAGAGCCGGGAGCAGAGCAGCAGGAUCAAGGGGCACCGACGUGCGGCCGGACGUGCGGACUCGACGGGGAACACAGGAGCCUGCGGACGCUCGGCGGAGAGGCAGCAGCAGCAGCCCAGGGGAGGCCGGAUUGCAGUUUCUGGGGACGAGCGCCAAGGGCAGUGCGGCAGUCAGCAGGCAGACCGGGGGGAGGAGGCUGCGGAGAUCUGCGAUACUUCCCCCCAAGUCAACACUGCUGUCUCACCUCCAUAUCAUCCUGAAGAUAUUAUGGUGGAAGUUUUCAUUUUUCAUCAAUGGUGACUGUUGCUUAUUCCCCUAGCUUUUCUUCUUCUUCUUCUCGCCCCUUUCUUCCUUUAUCCAGUCAGUGAUUAUGUGCAAUUAAAGGAUUAGAUCUGCUCUUGAGGCAAGGGUGGAACCCUGAGGGGACUGAUGUGCAUACUGGCCAGGUAUCAUCGGCUCCCGUCUUCUCUGGCUUUGCUCAUUCUGCUUGUCGCCUGCACUAUGGGCUGUAUUCAGAGCAUCGCAUGCAAGCCCCGCAUCAGACGGGAGAACAUUGUAGUGUAUGAGGUGUCCGCCUCUAUUGACCAGUGUCCCACCAUUAUUGAGGAGAACUCACCGAUUGUGCUCCGCUACAAGACGCCUUACUUCAGGGCCUCAGCGGGAGUCGUAAUGCCACCAGUGCCCCGCAAUGAAACCUGGGUGGUGGGCUGGAUCCAAGCUUGCACCCAGAUGGAGUUCUACAAUACCUAUGGCGAUAUUGGCAUGUCCAGUUGGGAGUUACCAGAACUGCGAGAGGGUCGGGUCAAGGCCAUCAGUGACUCGGAUGGUGUCAGCUACCCCUGGUACGGCAACACCACAGAGACGGUCACCCUCACCGGCCCUACAUCCAAACCGUCCCGCCUGACAGUCAGCAUGAACGACAACUUCUACCCCAGUGUGACCUGGGCUGUCCCCAUCAGCAACAGCAACACACCCAUGCUGACCCACAUCACCAGGGACCAGAGUUUCAUCACCUGGUUGGUGGCCAUGAACUCUGUCACGAAGGAGCGUAUAGUGUUGCAGACGGUGCGGUGGCGGAUGCGGGUGGAUAUCGCCGUGGAUCCAGACAUGCCGCUGGGCUCUCGGGCCUCGUUGGUAGGCCGCCCCUAUCAGGAGCAACCGCACAUCCUCAACUACCAGGAACCCAUCCCUCCCAACGCGCUGGGGAGGCCGAACGCCAACGAUGCCCAAGUGCUAAUGUGGAGGCCGCGGAGAGGGGCGCCGCUCGUCGUCAUACCGCCAAAAUAAGAGAGUGAAAUGUUUGCACACGCAAAAAUAUGAUUGUUCCCUUUUGGAAAAAAAGAAGUGGAGGGGGGGUGUAAAUGGAUAGGAAAGUAAUCAAAUCACGAAGCCCGAUGGUUGCCCCCCCUCCACCCCUCCGUGGCUUCUUCUUCCUGAAUGAUUCAAAUGGACUAUCGCGAUUAGCCGGUACGGAUAUUACAUCUGGGAUCUGACGUAGCACAAGAAGUCCACAGCAAACUAUUUGUCAAGGACCUGGAGCUGCAUCAAAGCUUGUUUGACCCCCCUCACGUGCUUUGGACUGGAAUAUAGAGUUAUGCCUGCCUUUUAGCUGAGAAGGAAAAGCUGUUUUUAGAUGUAUCGCAGAGGUAUUAGACCACAACAAGAACUGCAUCCUGCAUCCUUAUGUAGACCCUAUUGCAUGAGAAUGAGAGGAACACACAUCCUGUCCUUGGAGAACUUUCGAAUAGCAUUUGUUUUGUAUAACUUGUUACCUGAAGACAUUUUGAUUGAAAAGUCAGCCAAAAAGAAAAAAAAAAAAUACAGAGGGCUGGUAAACCUCAUCAGUGCCAACAAAGGCCUUCAGCAAUCUCAGUAUUAAAGGAUGUAUUCAGAUCAUUUAAAAGAGACAAAGUAUUAUACGAAUCUUUUUAGGUGAAGAAUAAACUCGUACAUCGACCAGAUUGUAACAAGAGCACCCACUUGGCAUAAAAGUCUGGGAGAAGAGAAAAAAAACAGCCUGCUGUAGUUUUCACUUGAGUUCUGCUAAUACACCAAACUUACGCACCCAGCAUAGUUUCUUGCCUCAGUUGUGCAGCCGAUGCUGUUUUGUUUUUUGUUUUUUUGGAUGGGUGUCAGAUUUGUCAGAGAGAUGAGCCAGAUCUGUUGAUACCUUAAAUAAAUAAUGUCAGCUAUGCGUUCAAUAAGUGCAGCGUAAAUGACUUGGAGCAGUGCCGGACAACAGAUUUGAAACAAGAAGGCGAUAGCAGUCGGCACAUACAUCACAGGUGGAGCGAGGCCAAACUGUCCCGAGGCUACAUUUGAUGUUGCACUACAAUCCAGGGAAUAGAAAUGUACCCGUGAUGGUUUUGCCGGUGUGAAAGUAAGCCAGGCACCAUUUUAAAAAAGGGGUUUAUUUGGAUCCGUGCCAGCACUGCUUCUGUGACGUCAUACUGAUUAUUUGUCCGGCAGAUUUCUGCAGAUAAACACGCAGAUGAAGACCGUUACUGCGUCGUGGCCACGGCCCGUCCUGGGCCUCCGUCCAGGUCCCUGCCUGCCACUCUGCGCAAGUCACAUGACUCAUUUUCCAUCUGUGCUUCUCUCCAGGUUCAUGCCUCACCUUCCCAUAUGCCCGCUCUCUUUUCUCCCCCGGCUGCACACCUCGUACACGCACGCUAGGGCCAUACUGAAGUCACAAAUCCUUUCUGAGAUCCACAACUAUGCAAAAAUUGUCUGUGUCUGGAAUAUAACUGCUGGAAACACUGCAAAAUUAACAGGAAAAUAGGAUAUAUGAGUUCUCCCACCAACCCCCUCCCAUCUCAUUUUAUGCUGCUUUUAUCUGCUGGGAUCAAUGUUGAAUAAAAAUGAUUGUUGCUACCAAUUAAAAAGUACACAGAGGUUAAAAUAGGUCAUAUUAAUUCAGCGUAUCUUCAUUUGUCACAGCACCUCGGCUCAUUCAGCCAUCUGUUGCUAUAGAGACCAGUUUGGUUUUCCUGAGUGCACUGCAACUGGAACUGAAAAAAAAGAAAAAGAAAGAAAACGAAAAGAACUGUUCAAAAUAUUCAUGGGUGUG